AUGCGUUCUAGACGUUUCUUGCGAAGUACACUGGAACCUCGAGAACGAUGGCGAGAGUGCUUCGGGUGGAGUAACCUACUGAAGUUGUCCACAUGUUCUAUUAUCGAUCCCAUUUGCAAUGCCUCUAGCGAUAACUACACGGAAAGGAAUCAGAUGUUAGAAUUCAAUCCCGCCAUGCGCCAUGCUCUUUUACGUCGUUUGUGCUCACCUGAACAUCCCUUACCGGCGAAAUGCAUCUAUAAACAGUUAGUAAAUCCAUGCCAUUUAGUGAAGGAAUUCGAUUUCUCUAAAAGUAGUAAACGACUAGGACGCCAACAUGCGGUGCUUCGAUUCCUCCGUAAACAUAAUGUCCUGAUGCAUAGUCUUCUUUUCUAUAUUCCAGAAACCACCACGUGGAAUAGGACCGGGGAAUUUGACCGCCUGGCUCUUUACGGAAAGCGCAUUCUCUCUUCUGAGGUACGGGGGAGGCUCCUGCAUUUGUUUCCCGAUAUGCCACCGCUGGCUUUUGCGAAGUGCGCCAAAACUAUUAUCUCCGACGACUCCUUAGCUGAUUUAUUUGACAUUUUACACAUGGAGCUUAUCGUUGGACUGCGGCCACCUACAAAAGUUGAUUCCAAGCCCCCUUCGCCAGAACAAGGUUCGAGAGUAAAGCGUCUUAAGAUACGUCUCAAUAAGUCCAAAAAAGUCCAUAUGUUGUGUGCCAUCGUAGGUGAGAUGCAGUGGUUCGUUGCGCGGACAAAAGCCACGGAUCGUACGCACAACAAUGCCCUUUUCCCCCCAUCCGAUGUCCUUAUUUUGCACGUUCUGUGUGUUCAUCUCCUCGAGUGUAUCCCGGCGGAGGUGAUCUUCCGCGAUUUAGAGUCCCACCUCAGGGCGAUUCGGCCGGUUUGGGUGAAUGCGCCCAUGUCAUUGCCAACUCAAUACCGUUUAAUUCCCCGUACGUUGGGCUCUUUAGCCCUGUCCUCCGAACCCCACCUUCCCACGACGGAAGAACUGGACCGGCGAGCCAAGGCCUCCGCCGCGAUCGAAUCCAUUGCGAGUGCAAACGAGGGGAAUGGCAAAGGCGCCGUGGUGGGGGUGCGACCUUUAACCACACAGCCCGACGCAAACUACGUGAAAUCGUUUAUGAGACCGAAGUGCCUCUACACGCGAUUUGAAACGCAUUGGUAUAAAAUUCUCCAGACAGAUCGGAAGGGGGAGGCGCCCUGCCUGAACUCGGAGAAAACCACCCGAGUGGCUGAUGCGGGAGUCACUUUUUCACAAAAAAAUUCCUAA